GGCGGCAACCCCACCAGUGUGACCUGGCGCAAGAAUCCCCUGUACUGCGUCAGAAACACUGGAACAGAACCUGUUUCCUUUGUAGUCAUUAUAAAGCACAAUGACCAACGUCGUUUUUGGACUCCAGAGGAGGAGGACCUGAUGUACACACAGUGCGGAAUUGUUGUUUGCCAGUACACCUAUGCUCAGAAGAUCUCCACCUACUUCAUCACCGGCAAUAACCACAGGCCCAUUCACAAGAGUUUGUUUCUCAAUACUCGUGAAGUGACGAGCACCGUUACAUUUCCUCCCGAUUCCCUGUGCUACCUUGUCCCUUCAUGCAUGAAGAAGGGAGCUGAAGCGAAGUUUACCUUCGCGCUGUACAGAAUGAAGAAUCAUGACUACACUCAACUGCAAGUAGAGCGACUUUCUAUUCCUGGUAUGACGUGGGACAACCCGAUACAAACUACAGUUGAGCUUCAAAUGCGCACGAGAAAUCGUGUGGACUUUUAUGUGGAUCAAGAAACAGACAUUCACAUUCUGAUGCAUCAACUAAAACCUUACGUGAGCCCGAAAACAGGCGGUGACGCCAUGGCCGAGGACUACAUGGGCAUGUACUUGUACGAUGACGCGGAUCGGAAAAUUGGUGGAGUGCACGCCGCGACAAACUUUAGGGAGACAGCGAUCGUCUACCACCUUCCCCGAAGUGGACGCUACGCUCUCUCUGUUACAUGUCCACGUGGUACGGGAACUGUUCCUGCGCUGAUUACGUUUGUUGGCUCUUCCCCGGCCAACACUCGUAUCGUCGAUGCCCCAGAGGAUGCCGGCAUGUUUGACGAUGAGGACGACAUUAUCGAAGAGGGAGAUGAUUCCGCGCUUAGAAACAACCCCAUCGAUUACACUCCGAACAACAUUCCUCCGGCCAAGAUUAUGGAGGUGCCUGACAGCACAACGCCCUUCGAGGACAAGCGGUUCAUGGUGGACAACAAGGCCAUCACCAAUGACCCGUGGAUCCACAUUGGUGACUUGUACCCGGAAGGCAAGAAACUGCCGCUCCUUCCCGAUAAGCUGGGCCGAGACCAGUUUGAGCAGGGCAGUCACUUUGAGUGCUGCUGCUUGGCCGCCUUCGCUGCAUUUGUGGACCACCACCCCGAUGUAAUCCGCAACUUGUUUAUAACUAAGAAGGUGCGAAAGGACGGCCGCUACACCUUCCAGUUCCACAGGUAUGGUCAGUGGAUGAAGGUGGAAAUUGACGACCGCAUCCCGCUGCUGGAGAAGCAGACCCUCUUCUGUCGUUCCCCUACCCGCCAUUGGUGGCCCUUGUUGUUGGAGAAGGCGUACGCAAAGUUUUAUACCCUGUACCAGAACGUUGAGGGGUGCACACUGCAGGAGUUGUACUACGACUUUACUGGAUGCCCCGUGGUGAGCAUCCCGACCGAUCUGAAACUU